UUGUCGACCGUCACGUGCCGGAGCGUCCCGGGAGCCUGGCUGUGGGCGGCGGGGCAUGGACCCUCAGGCGGCCCCCGGUCAGGGGUCCGGAGAGCUAAGUGCGCGGGAGGCCCCCAGCGCGGAGGCUGGCUUUGCCGCAGCUGACCUCUCUGGUCAGGAGACAGAGACUGAGAUGGCCAUGGAUCGACUAGCCAGAGGAGCCCAGAGCAUCCCUAAUGAUAACCCUGCCCAUGCUGAGGGCCCAGAUUUGGAAGAGGAUGGCUUUGCUGUGGAGGAGAAGGAAGCUGAUGGGGAACUGUAUGCCUGGGAGCUGUCAGAAGGUCCGCCCAUGGAACAGGCUGCUGAUCUCUUUAGUGAGGACUGGGACUUGGAGCUGAAAGCAGACCAAGGCAAUCCUUAUGAUGCUGAUGACAUCCAGGGGAGCAUUUCUCAAGAGAUUAAACCUUGGGUGUGCUGUGCCCCGCAAGGAGACAUGAUGUAUGAUCCCAGCUGGCACCAUCCCCCUCCACUGAUACCACAUUAUUCUAAGAUGGUCUUUGAAACAGGACAGUUUGAUGAUGCUGAAGACUAAUUCGUCACGAGCCUGUGGGAGCUCGUGCUCUCCAGACCAAGGGUGGUUUCUUGUGUUCUCAGUGAGAUGUCCUGUGCCGGCGUGUGCCACAGGCGGCUGUUGAUGGGGCUGCCGUUCUCCAUUUUGUUGUUGCUCUUGUUCUGUUGUUGUUAAUGGACACUUUGGAGUGUGUUGGCAUUUUUGUUUGUGUCAGAAUUGUGUUCUUUAUAAAUAAAGGAAAAAAUAACUCAG